GGCAUUGCAAUGCCACAGCACUACUUUCCAUAUUCAAAAAGCCUCUCUUUGCAUAGAUAUGUGUCUGUAAAACUAGAAUUUCAUAGCACAGAGACCCGGAGUGCCAUAGAAGGUUAAUGGAGUGUUUCUACAUCACUGUACCAGCAUGAGAAAAACAGGAUCAUCAUUGAUUUGAAGCCUGAAAAAAUGAGCAGGCAUAUCUGUUGGAUUUGUAAGCUAUGCAGAGAUGAAUCUAAGAGGCUCCCUUCAAACCUUACUUUGGAUGAAGUUUUAAAAUGGGCCCAAUCUUUGGAAAGUCUGAUGGCUACAAAAUAUGGCCCAAUAGUGUACACAGCAUAUUUAAAAUUGGAGCACAGUGAUGAGAACAUUAAAUUCUGGAUGGCAUGUGAAACCUACAAGAAAAUUGCUUCACGGAGGGGCAGAAUUUCUAGGGCAAAAAAGCUUUACAAUAUCUACAUCCAGCCACAGUCUCCUAGAGAGAUUAACAUUGACAGUACAACACGGGAAGCUAUCAUCAAAAGCAUUCGAGAACCCACUCAAACAUGCUUUGAAGAAGCUCAAAAGAUUGUAUACAUGCAUAUGGAAAUGGAUUCUUAUCCCAGAUUUUUAAAGUCUGAAAUGUACCAACAACUACUGAAAACUGUUCAAUCCAAAAGCUCUUGAUUGCUACCCAGAAGUUUAAACUGAAGAUGGCAUAUUGCAAGUGCUAAUGUAAUUUAGAAAAAGACACAAAAUGAGAAUGAAGGGAGAAAUGAAACAGAAACCAAGUCAUAAGUUGAUCUCUAGAUCCCAAGGGAAAUUCAAUCCAAGCCCAAAGAGCUCACAGAUGCUGAGACACAAUUUAUAGCAUAUUUACAGAGAGGAAUUAACAGAGAAGAAAAAAUGAGCUUCCUUUUAUCAUAUAAACACUAUAACAUUUUUACUAUACUAAGCAACUAAUGAUAGUUUUCAUUAAAAAAAAUUGGCAGUCAUAGCACAAAUAACCAGUUUUAAAACCAUUGCUCCGUGAAUUUUGUCCUUAUAUAUUUUAUAGAUAUUCUUAGAAUAUCUUGAAUUAGUAUAUAGACAUACAAGUCAUAAUAUAAUCUGUUGAAUUUUAACAUAAUCAGUAUAGAAAAUAUGAUAUUCAAAGGAAAUUUAGCUAAAAAUUUUCCCAGUAGCAUGUCAAUGGUUGACCUUAGAAGGUCACUUGACCUAUAUCACAUAUGUCUUCUACAUGUUAAAUCUUUGGGAUAAUUAUAAGCUUUUACUAUAUGUGGAUUUUUUUAUUUGUAUUUUACACUUACAAUGUCAUUGGGCUAUAAAAUUGGUCUUUUAUUUGAGAUUAACGUCUUCAUAAUAUGAACUCACCAUAGUGUUGGAAAUCAAUCAGUAGAAACUAAAAGCUAUGUGCAUAUUUUUCAAAGACAACUUAUUGUACCUUACCACGAACAUUUCAAAGGGCCUAAAGUUUGCAAAAGUGAAAAAAUAAAAUAAAGCAGUUUAACUUGCUUGUUUGGUGUCA